CAUGCCGUUUAAUGCCAAAUAUUCUGUUAUCGUGUACAGGUUAGAGACAAUAUGUGACUACUGAAGGUGUAUCUGUAGUUAGCCACCCUAAUAGUUGUAGGUGAGGUUGUAUUUAGCAAGUUUGUGUGGCGAACAGAGCCCAACAGUGAGGAUUUUAUCAUUUUAACGAUUGGUAGAAAGUACAACCUUUAAUAAACUUCGUAUUUAAGUGGAUAAAAUAACUAAUUUUCCGUAGAAACAGUUUUUUUUUAUGUUAAUGAUUUACUUCCUGUUUUUGGGCUGCUGUUUUUUUUACAGCCAAUCAAAUGGCUUUAUUUUCUCAGUCGAUAUUUAAAGCAACUGGGUGUAGUUUCCCUGGGUCCGGUCUGGCAGGGAAUGUUUUUAGCUUGGAAAACGUCCGCUUUCAUACGUUCAUGGUUCAUUCAGUAUUUAAUGUUGAUUCUUAUUUGUAUAUCUUUUGGAAAGCAAACAUCUGAAGCGGUCACAUUUUUCAAGUUGAGGAUUUGAUUAGUUGUAAACACUAAUUGUGUGUAUUAUCAGUUAAAACGGCCUUUUCGUCCUUGGUGUCAGACAAAACUUUUAAUUUAAAUGUGAGAACUGUUCCAAUCCAAAUGUAUUUAUUGACUUUUUUUCUGUAUGAAACAGGCAUGUCCAAAGUGAUGCACAAUUCUAAAACUGCGGGAUACAAAACUAAGUAACAUUACAGAAGAUAAAAACAAUAAAAUAAAACCAAUGAAACAGUGAAUACCAUUGGUUAAUAAAAAAAAAAAAAAAAACAAAGCUCACAAUUCUUGAUGUAACUUAAAUGUUUUGAAAAGUGAAAAUAGCAUUUAAACCUUCCAGUUGCUGACAAUUCCUGUAGGUUAAAGUUAUAUCGAUGCAGUCUUGCCUGAGGAGUCAAAAAACACGUGUUUUUGUUAGGUUGCUAUCGGACAAAACGUGAUGUAUUGGCAACCACAUGGCUGAUAAAUAAACACUUAUAUGAAUCCAAAUAGAUUAGUGGUUGCUGCUCUCUGUAAAGGUUAGUGAAAAUAGCAGCCAGGGCACGUGGUAAUGCAAAUAUAACCACCACUCCCCUUCAGUACAGUAAGUACACUGUUCUGUGAAAACAAAACCCUCACUUCCCUUUACCACACACGUUUCAUUUUUAAAAAACACCUUGGUUUUGUCAUUCGAGUGUCCAGAAAAAACCCUUCUGACAGCUUCUUCUGUUUGACCCAGUUUUGUAUCUGAUUUUUGUCUAUAUUAGGCUAAGACUGACCCCUUUCCUCUGAUUGUUUGCCUCCGUGUGGAAGACCCACUUGUAAGAGCAUACGUGUUUGUCAUGUUGACAGCGCUGGCUCGGGAGCGGAAAGGAAAGGCGGGGAACUUUGCUAUUGACGUUGAUAAGGUCAAGCGAUUCGAAGGACCGGAUUUCAGGCCUCACGGCAGAAAAACGUCUGGAACUCAGGAAUACGUGAUAGUGCACCAUCACAUGGAUGAACUGGGGUUCAUCUCCCAGGCGAGGGCCAUCAUUGCGGGCGGGCUGGCGGGCGUGGCGGCCGCCCUGGUCACGUAUCCCUUGGAGGUGGCCGAGACCAGGCUGAUCGUUCAGAACUGCAGGGAGCCUUCGUACGCAGGCGUGGUUCACACGCUGGCCAAGAUCCAGAGCACUGAAGGGCUUUUCGCUCUCUACAGAGGUUUUUCCCUCACUGUUUUAGGCGCAUUUCCCUUCUCUCUGGGAUGCUACGUCAUCUACACGAACGUGGACAAAGUGUGGCAGGAGCCUCCUUUCCGCUUCUCGCCUCUGCAGAACUUCAUCAAUGGCUGUCUGGCAGCAGGGGUUGCGCAGACGCUCUCCUAUCCUUUUGAGACUGUCAAACGCAAGAUGCAAGCGCAGAGUUCCCGACUGCCACAUUAUGGCGGCGUGGACGUGCAUUUCGGCGGCAUGAUGGACUGUUUCGUGCAGGUGGUCAAAAAUAAGGGCGUCCUCUCCCUCUGGAGUGGCCUUACCGCCAACACAAUAAAGAUUGUCCCCUACUUCGGCCUCCUCUUCGCCUGCUUCGAGCUGUGCAAGCAGGUUUGCCUUUACCGCAACGGCUACAUCGUGUCGCCGCUGAGCUACACACUGACGCCAGGCGUGGACCAGAGCCUCAGGCCGGCCGAGUUGCAAGAGGCAAAGCGCUACCUGAGGAACAGGAGCUUUGAAGCGGCCGGCCGGUCCACUAUCGGAAACCGCUGGUGAAAACCUCCACCGGCGAGGAAAAAUAACGAAUAUACUCUGACAGCACUUGCAAUAAUACACCUACUCAACCUCAUGAGAUCCAACACAAAAAUGUGCCUUUACAGUGAAUCUCCGUUUGUUGCAGGGGAUACGUUCCAGACCCACCUGUGAUAUAGAGAGACCAAAUAAGAAUAAUUAAAAAAAAAAAAAAAGUAUUCCUCCCACAUUCUUUAAACACAUUUAAACUUAUUAUAAAACACGUUUAAAAUUAUUCCUUGGCACCUGUUGUUACUCUUUUGGUGUCAAGAAUUGGGAAUCAAUCGUAGAACAUCACUUUGAGGAAAGGAAAGGAAGACUCUCACUUGCACAAUUGUCCAAAUAAGAGCCAAAGCGUGCUUGCGUCAACGUAUUUGGCACUCCCUGUUGAAUUUUACCGAGUUUUUGCCAAAGUGCGCACACGUAAGGAGCAGAAUGUGGGGUGGAACAGAAUAAUCGCAUUUCCAUAAAUUUGAAUGGAAAAAGAUGAUUUGAGAUACAAAUGUUUUGAAUUACGAGCAUGGUCACAAAUCAAACUCUCAAGUCAAGACACCACUGCAUUCCUUAGUGCCUCGUACUCUUUCGCUGUCAAAAAAUGGAAGCCAUAUAUAUAACAUCACUUUGAGGAAACUCGCUUGCACAUUUCUCCAAAUAAGAGGCGAAAUGUACUUGCACAUAAAAAAAGAAUCAAACAUUGUUUGUUUAAACACCAAAAUGGUCAACUAAACCAUAUCAUUUCAUCUAGCAAAGGUCUGCUAGCUUAAUCCUAAUAUAUAAUGCUGAACACCAUAGACAGGCUAACUGAAAUUAGUCCGAGUUUGGCAGGUGAUGCAAAGUUUGAGCUUUACAUAAGAUGCAGCCGCUUUUUCGUUCAGCCAUUUUCCUGAGUUGAGUUAGUGGGUAUCAACCACGAAUAACAAGUAGUUGAACUACGUUACAGCAACACCUGAAACUGAUUGGAUCAUUUUUCUGCAUUUUGCCUGUAAUCGACUAUUGCAUACAAUCGACCAACCGAAUAGAUGUCAUACUUAAACCAGGUAUCAGACUCAUUUUGAUCUACUGCAUAUUAUACAUAAAACAGGGAGGGGGAAAAUGGGAUUUUAAUGGCAUGGGACAUUUAAAAACCUGCGAAAUGGAGGCGGUGCUUACAAUAAUCUGCACUAUAGCGGGGGUUCACUGUACAAAGAUAAUUCUGGGUUUUAAGAGGCAUUCAUUUAACAAUUUGCUUUUUAGUAAGUAUAACAAACACUAUCUUACAAAUGGACCCCACUGUAUUUAUGUUUUAGUUCUGAUGCAUUUUUACACUUCUAACUUAUUGACUCAUUAAUGCUACUUUUUUGUACAUUUUCAUUUGAAUAGGCUUACUUUUAUUAUUUAUAUUAACUGAUUUUUUGUGUGUACCUUUUAAUUUGAAUAGUUUUAACUUUUAUGAUUUAUGUUACCUGCGUCAAUACAAACUAAGCAUUUGUAAAGGCAACAUUUUACAUUUGUGUUCCAAUUGUCAUUUGCAAUAAUGACAUAAUAAUAAUAAUAACAUGACAUAAUUAAAUGAUUUAUUCCUUCUAUCUCUUUUUCCUGUCAGUGUUAAAAGGAAGUACAUUUAGUUUGUAUAGCGCCUUUCACAGAGAGGCCCCAGAAAGUGCUUUACAUGCCUAAAAUUCACCUCCAAACAUGGUAGUGUUAACUCACAAACAUGAUGGUGCUAAUACAAGAAAAUGUUGAUCAAAACAAGUCCUAAGUUUUUCAAAUGCUUUUUGUGUGUUAUAACCUCUUUCUAUCAGGGAGAUGACACACCAAGUCCGCCACAAUUCUUCACGGAAUCGAGUAAAUCUGAGUUUAUAAUAGUCAAGUGCACAUUGCAUCUUUGUCUUGCCACCACAAAGGACUGUAUUAACAUAUGUGCCUUGAUAUAAUUUAUUUCGGUUAUUACAGCACACAAAAGAUGGAUGUAUGAGGAAUAUUUGAAACUGCUGUACAAUUUAGUGUGCGAUGUUUUGAAAUGAAUAUUGACAUGUUUUUUUGAUUGAUGCUACUUGAAUCAAUAAAAAAAAAUACUGUUAUAUAAGGAAUUUAGUAUAUCAUUGAGUCCCAACCACUGUGCGGGAAGUUAUCCAAUUUCACUUAAUUGGCCCGAAUGUUAGGAUUUGUUUGCUGUAAAUAAUGUAUCUUUGUUUGUCAAUCUCGCGGCACGGUGGCCGACUGGUUAGAGCGUCAGCCUCACAGUUCUGAGGACCCGGGUUCAAUCCCCGGCCCCGCCUGUGUGGAGUUUGCAUGUUCUCCCCGUGCCUGCGUGGGUUUUCUCCGGGCACUCCGGUUUCCUCCCACAUCCCAAAAACAUGCAUGAAUUGGAGACUCUAAAUUGCCCGUAGGCAUGACUGUGAGUGCGAAUGGUUGUUUGUUCCUAUGUGCCCUGCGAUUGGCUGGCAACCAGUUCAGGGUGUACCCCGCCUCCUGCCCGAUGACAGCUGGGAUAGGCUCCAGCACGCCCGCGACCCUAGUGAGGAGAAGCGGCUCAGAAAAUGGAUGGAUGGAUGGAUGUUUGUCAAUCUAUGCCAGCAGCGUAUAAUGACAAGCAAAACCAAUAAAUAAUCUUCCACUAGAUAGCAGAAAGUACAAUUAACCUGUGUAUCCACUUGCCAUUCAUACAACACAAUAAUCACUUGUUCAACUAAACAAAGUUCACCAACUCAUUUUAACAUAGUUUGUGAGUUUUUCCAGCAAAUAACUGGUGAAAAACAAACUGCAAAUAGGUGAACAUGCAAUUACGUAAGUGGAAACAAUAUACCUGUACCUUUUUGUUACAUGUUCGGCGGUGUGCUGUGAGAUUUUUCAAAUGUAAAAUAUGUGCCUCGGUGCAAUAAAGGUUGGGAAACUGAUUUAUA